AGCAAAACCCGUUAAUUAAAGUCCCUUCCGCGAGUUUCCCACGCUUUAUCCCAUUGGUUCAGUUUCAGUUUAGUUCCCCUUUUGUUACUACUUAUUAUUAACCCCUCCCAACACAGAAAGAAAAAAAAAAAGAAACAUUGCUUUCAGGUUUCAUUUCAACUCCCUCUCUCUCUCUCUCUCUCACCUCUUAAAGCAAAAACCCUUAAUUAUUAUCAACGACCGCACACCACAGUCACUUUUAUCAAUUUCCUUAAUCUCCACACAACAACGAACUAACGCCACCACAUUCAUUCUUUCCUUCUAUGUGCCUACAAUACUACUACUAAUUCUACAUGGAUGGCAACCCUUUUGGAAACGUGCCACCCCCUCCAAUACAAGUCCCUGAUAACUUGGCUAUCUCUUCCUCGUCUUCGCCAACUCCUACGACGUCGUCUCCGUCUCCGACACCCUCCGGAGGCGUCCGGUACCGCGGGACGCGGUGCCGGAGCGGAAAGUGGGUGUCGGAGAUAAGGGAGCCACGUAAAACGAAGCGCAUUUGGCUGGGGACUUACCCGACAGCCGAAAUGGCUGCGGCGGCUUAUGAUGUCGCGGCCCUCGCGUUGAAGGGUCCCGACACGCCCCUUAACUUCCCCAAUUCGAUACUCUCGUACCCGAUUCCUGCGUCAUUGUCCGCCACGGAUAUUCGCGCCGCGGCCGCGGCCGCCGCGCAGGCUAGGAUCGUGAGGGCGCCGCAGGAGUGUGGGGAAACGGUAAACCCUGAUGAUGGCGGGGGGCAAGGGAUGUCGGAGAGGCGUGAGGAGUACAUUGAUGAGGAUGAGUUGUUGAACAUGCCGAAUUUGCUCGAUGAUAUGGCCAGGGGAAUGCAGGUUAGUCCCCUUAGGAUCACUUCCUAUUCUUCAGAUGAUUCGCCUGGGAAUUCUGAUGGAGAUAACCUUUGGAGUUAUACCCUUUGAUCACUGGUUUGUUGUUUGUUUGUGUGAGUGAGUGUAUGGUAAUUUCUGUUGUGUUUGUUUGAGUGUGUGUGACGUAGUAUUAAGUUUGAGUCCUGAGUAUGUAUGUUCAACCUUGUCAAAUAUUUAGAAGGAGAGCUCUAAUGGGAUUGUGGGAAUACUUGUGGUCUCGUCCAAAAGAAAAUUGUUUGUGUGUGUGUGGUUGUGUUUGUGUUUGGUUUGCCCUCUUUCUUGGUUGAAGGCUUGAAGCUGAUUUCGGUUUUGGUGGCUGCGGUGUAUAUGGAAUGCGAUAAGGUGAAGGGAUGAGAUGACGUUACUUUCAUCGUCGCUGGAUUUGGUGAGAGAUGCCAUCGCUGGUUUAUGUGAUCCAUUGUGUCUUAGAUCCUUAGUUUCGUAGUUUCCGUACGGUCUAAUCAGUUUGGGGAACCUAGCUAGCUAGAAGGAUUCUACUUUUGGUCAUGGGUCUUUCUUUCUUUCUCCCUAGUCCCUGGUAAUACAUUACAUAGACGAUUUUAUGUGUGGGUUUUGUAUUGCCCUUUUGGGUACUUUUUCGACAGAUUUGUAUUGAAUGAAUAAGUACUAUUUCUGGCAGUUUGUCUGUUUGUUUGUUGCUGAGAUGGUGCUAGCGGUUUGUAGAAGUUUCAGGAUCUUUCGUGUGUAUGUAACUAUUAACUAAGCCCUUUUGGAGAAUGAUAUAUAGUAUAUGACAAAUGACUCUUGUAUCUA